UCCGCGGCGCUGCUGCUGGGGCCCGACAACGCCGGCGCUCGCCACAACGGCACGGAGCGCCUGAGUCCCCGAAAGUCCCAGUCUUCGUCGCUGUCGGCGUCGCCCGGUGCGCCGGAGAAGGACAAGAGCCACAAGCGCAAGUCCAACCUGAACCGCGCGCACACCGAGGAGGCCGUCGACUCUGAGGAAAGCUCCAGGCGUCGUUCUCGACGCGCGGCCGCGGCCAGCUCCAUCAGCAUGGCCGUGGACACUCUGUCGCCGAGCCCAGCGGCACCGCUGCUCGCCGCCGCCGCCCCCACGGCCGCCGCGACGCCCGCGGUGCCGACGGCGGCGGCGCGCCGCCUCAGUUCAUCGGCGAGCUCCCACACCCCGCCCCUGGUCCAGGACGGCCGGGGCAUGUCGCCGCUGACCGCCUAUCGGCUCCGGUCGCCCGUCAUCAGGAAGGUGUCCCCCAUCCGGGUGACGCCCCUGCUGCCCGCCAACAGGCUGUCCCCGAGGUCGCCUCUCACGGCCACCUCCUCCGAGACCAGCAGGUCGUCCGCAAGGUCACCGCUUACGACAUCGGCCUCGGAUAUCGGCAGGACGCCGUCGAGGACGCCUCUCCUAAGCGCGGCCUCUUCAGCUUCAUCUGACGCUCCCAAGAGCAGGACUAAUGUUGGUGAAAGCUCAGCGGAAUCCAAAGCUGAACAGUCUGGUCCACCAAGUACCAAAAAUGUAGUUAUAGUUGUCAAACCAGAACAGGAGGCAUCAGGAAGUACCUCAUCUAGUAGCCAAAGGACUUCUGCAUCAACUGACCUUAAACCAGUUUCUAUACUGAAACGAAAAUCUUCUCAUGAAGAGGGUUCUGUAACUCCCCCUGUAACAUUCUCCCCAUCUGUAGUAGAUCAAACAUAUCGUCGACAGGGAAUUCUCAAGAAGUCCGGGGGAAGUUUUGAUGAGUCCCAUCUUCGUAGAAGUUGUUCACCUGAUACUGAGUCAUCAGGUUCAAUUUUGAAGAAUAGGCAACAAAGAAGAUCUUCCCUCGAGGAAAACUCCAAUAGACAGUCAAUUUUGAAAAGGAAAGAAUCUGAUGGACAUGAGCCUCAUGGUAUUUUGAAAAAGAAAAAUCAAUGUGAUAGCAUAAGCAAACAAACUCAUAUCUCCAUUGCUGACCAUGUUAUCAUGGCUGCCAAUGGUGAUAUUGCCUUACUUCAUGAUGAUGAUGUGAGACCUAUCUUGAAGAAGCGAAGUAGCACUGAAGAACAGGCAAUUGUAGAUCCAGCAUCUUCCUCAAGUGAAAUUACACCAAGGCCAAUUCUAAAGAAAAAAUCUAGUACAGAUACAGAUGAAUUGGAUGAAUGGCCCAUAAAAACUAUUUUGAAAACAUCUCGAAAAAGCUCUAGAGAGGAAAAUUCUGAUUUAAUUGAAAGCUUACGGCGGAGGUCUGUUGGUUCUGCUCCUUUAUCAAGAUCAUCAGGCCAGAGGCUGUCUUUCUGUGAAGAUGAUGACCAGGGCUUAGAUUCUGAAAAAGUCAUUCAAAGACAAAUCAGAUCCUCCAGGUCGUUUACAUCUGUUAGGCCCACAAGUCCGUCAGGUUCGCAUAGUGACUUCAGCUCUGUUGCAUGGCGAAGGAGAUCCUGGGAACAUAGCUCAAAUACAAUUAAGCAAAUGGACUUGGCUCGGAGGUCCCCAUCUGUUGCAGAACGGGUUUCAAAUAUGGAAUUUGCUUUCCAAUCUAAUGGGGCCUUACCUAAACAGCCAAGAACACGCCCCUACCGGGCCAAUACUCAACCAGUCACUGCUGAAGAGAUAUCGUCCUCAAACAAAUCCCUCAACUACAGGUCAGGAUCUCCCCAGGGCCAGGGCAUUGACGCGCUGCCCACGAGAUCACCCCCUCCGAGGUCGCCACCUCCUACUCCGCCCAGAUCACCACCACCUUUUUCACCAACUCAUUCCCCACCACCAUCACCACCAGCAUCACCGACUCCUUGUGUGUCACCACCAUUGUCUCCACUUCCAACCCGUAGCCCAGUGAGGCCCAGCUCCUUGUUGCUGUCUUCGGGAGCUAUACCAGUCUGUGAAGAGUCCAGUUAUGCCUUUAGGAAUCAUGUGCCAUCACCUGAAGCUCACAAGGAAAGCUGGGCAGCUCGGAGGGCUGCUCCCAGCAUAGAUUCGUCCAUAUCCUAUGCUGUCACUGAUAAUCUAGGAGACAACUGGAUCUUGAAAAAUAGAAGCUCAUCACCCCUGUUAAACUUUGAAUGUGCAAAUACUAGUGGCCCUUCUACUUUACCACUGACAGGGCAGCAGGAAGUUUGGGAUGGUGAUGUUAAUAAUGAGAGUGGUCUAGGUGAAUCAUGUGGAAGUGAUUUUAAAGCAUCAUUUGAAAGAUCUUUUGGAGCCUUGUCGUUACCAUUUGAACCUACCAACUGUGAAGCAAAAGUUGAUGCAUUUUCUGAGUAUGAUGAAGAUGAAAUUCAAGAAGAUUCUGAAAGUGUUGGUCAAUCAAUAGAAGAAUCACAAUCAGUGGAAUCAAAAAUGGAAGUUGAUGAUGAAAAACAAGGUCUGCAAAGAUCUGCUAGUCGUGUGUCUGAGAAAGCACUGUUGUUUUCUCAAAUGGAAGAAAAAAUAAAACAAGCAGCUGAAGAAGCUAAAGCACGAAAAAUACCUAAAGCGGAUUUAAAUAAGGGAAUUGCUCGAUAUCGGAAUCGUAAGUCUGAUAAUGCAGGAGAAACUAGUCGCUUUUCCACCCAACCCAUUACUGUGAAUGAAUUGAAAGGUGUUAAAGCUGGAGCUGAAAUAACAACAAGUGCAAGUGCUACAAAUCUUGCCAAAACAGGUUGCAAUAACAAUCGUGGUAGGAGCUCAAGUGUUUCUGAUUGCAUUCAAAUAUUCAAUUCACUUAAUGCAUUCAAUUCUGAGGAAAGAGUUCAUCCUAAAAGAAGUCCUAGGAGAAGUUUAAGAUUUGCCACUCAGCCAGUGACUAAUACGGAAGUGUUAUCAGCAAAGAACAUUUUAGAGGAUUCAAGACAAAGUAUAGAGGAGAGUGAAGAUGAAAAUGACCCAUCCAAGCUUAGUCUGGCAGAACGUGUCAAAUUAUUUAAUCAAGCCAUGACUGCCGAUCGCUUGCCAGUGAUGGGUGCUCCAGCUCAGCCCCAACAGAACAGAAGACGAGCACCUAAUUCCCGUUUCAAAACUCAACCUGUUACUAUUGAAGAGGUCUCAACAGCUCAAAGUAUCAUCAAGCAACCUCCUAAGGAAUUGAUAGGUACUGCUGUAGCAAAGACAGCUAAAGAAGUUUUUGAAGGAGCUCAUAAGAACAUUAGCAAAUCUGUGUCUUCUAGUCGAGUGUCAUCUGAUGUUAGAGAAGAUUCCCCAAAUAAUUCUCCUAGAAGAGGCAUCUUGAAAAAUAGUCUUGCUGUCAAUGAAACGGAAACAUCCGAGGCCAGUCUGUCUGCAACAGAGGAAGGAGGUAAUUCUGGACUUGAUCAUAUCAAGAAGGUGUUGAGCAUUGAAAAAAUUGUGCAGCCCAGUGAAAAGAAAAUACUCUCUCGAACCAGCAACAGAAGGGCAUCCUUUGAAACAGCCAGCCACAGUAGCAGUGAAAGUGACUCGGAAAGUAGUAGUGGUUCAGAUGAUGAAGGAUGUUUGUCUAACCAAUCUAAAAACAAACAAGAAUUAGAUAACAGAACCUUCAGAGACCAAGAGGAAACAGUCAGAACUCCCAUCUCAGCCAACAUCCCAAAACGGCCCUUACGCUCAGAUAAUGAUGAAAAGGUACGCAACUCUCGAAACAUGACUCAGGAAAAGGAGAAUAGAGGAUUUCAAAUACUUGAAAACAAGAGCAAGUCAACUGCAGUAGCUGAGGAACACAAGGGGAAAAUUGUAAAAUCUGAAGAGAAUAAGAAACUGGUUCUAAAGAAACUUGAAGUCUUAAACAAAAAAAAUGUGCCAACCACCAAAACUUUAUCUAAAAACGCCGAGUCACCCAACUGCUCAUCUGCUGCCUUAACGUCUGAUGAUGGUGACACAUCUUCUGGUGGGCAGGAGGUGCGGAGAAUCAUCGCCAAUGAUGCUGUGGCUCGGAGACACCAGGCUAACCUGGCGAGGCAACAACUCAACAAGGAGAAGGACAAGCAGCAAUCCCAGAAUGAACGACCUAGGAUUCCCAACAAGUUUUGAAACAGCUUGUUUCUGGCAAUCGCAACAGUAUUAUUUCUGAACCACAAUCAGAACUUAUUUCUCUGCAGAGGUCAGGGAGUGGUGAUCGCAGUAGUAUCUUGGCCGAUAGGCUUGGAAAAUUGGAGAAUGCCUCUCAGGAUUGGCGUAAACGUGUUGGACAGAAGGAUGCGGACCAGUUCUCUGUCAAGGGUAAAAUGAAAAUUUCCUCAUCAACAACAGAUGUGCCCAAGGCAUUGGACACACCUCCUUUGACCCCAGACUCUACACCCAUGACACCUCCGGAAUUGACACCUGGACUGGAGAGAGGGAAAAAAAUUCCUAAACCAAGGAGCUUCCGUAGCAAAACUGGUAUUUCAACCCAUGUUUUCAAGCGUAGCAUGUCUGCCCCUGGUGCUGAUGAGGAUGCAGAUUCUUCUCCAAAUGAACAAGAAACGUCAGAAUCAAUUGAAUCUCCACCUGUCCAAACUGAGACUAAAAUCCAAGGCCCUCGGAUUGAGCUUCCUCGCAUUGAUGAUCAGUUUGAAAGUUUCUUCAGCACUGCUGAAAAUGUUAAUGGCAGUUACCAGAGUUUGGAAAUGAAGGAUGUUGACCUUGAUCUUGCCGUAACUCGUUCCAGUGAAUUGCUUGUUCAAAAACGGACUGUGAAGGUCUCUGGUCGUCGGGUUGCUUCACGCAAUCCUGUAAAAGCACUCUCUGCUCGCACUGACCUUUGCUCUGACUAUGUAGAACUACGCACUGGUGUUGCUGAAAGGGAAAUGAAACGUCUUCGGGCAGAGAAAUUGGCAAAAAAUUCCUCUUUAGCUGUAGAAGCACUGGCAGGUCUUGCUAGUAAAGAAGACUUUUCUGCUGUUUCUUUACGGAAAUCUGCUUCAACAAGUGCCAUGCCAAAUAGUAGCACUCUUCUUCCAUUCAAAGAACUAAUGUUGCUCCAAAUCAAAGGAAGAAGGCACAUUCAGACUCGUUUGGUUGAGCCAACUUCACAUAGCAUUAAUAGUGGUGACAACUUUGUUCUUGUCACUCCAAGUCAGGUGUUUAAUUGGGUUGGAAAGUAUUCAAAUGUAAUUGAACGUGCAAGAGGUGCAGAGGUGGCUCUUCAUGUGCAGCAAAACAAAGAUUUAGGUUUUAAUGGUGUCGCUCCUGUAAUAACAAUAAGUGAAGAAAGGGCAACUUGUACUGCUAGCCAGGUGGCCACCUUCUGGAGGUUGCUUGGUUCUUUAGAUGGCCCAAAAGCUCAAGAUGCUGGACACCCUGAUGAGGAUGAAAUAUAUGAAACAGCAGUUCUUGAAACAAAUAUGAUCUAUGAACUGAAUGGUUCUGAACUUGUUCCAUUUGAGAAGUACUGGGGUGCUGUACCACGUAUUGAAAUGUUAGACCCUUCAAAGAUUCUGGUAUUUGAUUUUGGCAGUGAAAUGUAUGUUUGGAAUGGAAAAAAUGCGCCACUUGAGAUUAGAAAGGUUGCCCUGCAGCUUGCUAAAGAGCUGUGGGAACACGGUUUUGACUACACAGACUGUGAUGUGUGCCCAUUGCUUGGAGCCACUUCUCUUGGUCCUCAGUUUGGCCGUAAAGAGGAUGCAGGUAUCAAAUCAGGAAAGAAAAGACCAUUAUGGGCUUUGAUUGCUAAAGUGACCCAGAAUAUGGAAACUAUAUUGUUCCGUGAGAAGUUUCUUGAUUGGCCUGAUUUCACUAGGGUCAUUCAAACAAAGGGAGACCCAAAUAAAGACAAAAUUGUUGAUGCAAGUGUGGAUGUAAGGCCAUGCAGUGCGAAGGAAAUGUUUGACUCUGUGCCUGAUGACCCAGAUUUGCUGUUGGAAGGGAGCCAUUUGGGGCGGGGAAAUGAAUAUUAUGAUGAAGAGACUAGGCGUUUUUAUGAAAUUCAGACAACUGGAGUCAAAGUCUGGCACAUUGAAGAAUAUGAUUAUUGUGAGUUGCCUGAAAGCUCCUAUGGUCAGUUUCACUCUGCAGACAACUAUGUUAUUCGCUGGGCCUAUAGAGUAACUGUGACAACAAGAGCACUUAAUGGUUUGCCUUCAAAACAUGCUGCAUCUCAGGGCCGAGAUCGCUUCUGCUAUUUCUGUUGGCAAGGUCGUAAUGCUCUUGUUAAUGAUAAAGGAGCAGCGGCUUUGCUUACUGUUGAACUUGACAAAGAGCGGGGUCCUCAGAUGUUUGUGCCACAAGGUUUAGAACCCCCUGCUUUUCUGGGAUUAUUUGAGGGAAAAAUGAAAAUUCAUUCUGGAAGACGCUGUGAGAGAAACAGUUCCAAAGGACUGUAUCGUCUGUAUGCAGUGAAGGGUGAAGUUGAGAGGGAGGCUUGUCUUGUUGAAGUUACUCCUAGUAUGCGCCAGCUCCGGAGUCGAGGAUCAUUCAUCCUAUUAAAUGAAAAGAAAAAACUUUUGCAUGUUUGGCAUGGUGCUAGAUCUCUUCCUCACAACAGAGAGGUUGCUGAGUCUGUUGCCCAAAGUAUGCAGAAAGAGCUUCCAGAAGAAUUGGGUCUGACAUUGAAUUCAGACCUAAGCUUGCAGUGUGAGGAAGAGGGGUCUGAAACUCAAGAAUUCUUCAAAGGUGUCAGUGGAAGUAAUCGCCAUCUUUAUGUUUCCUUAAAAAAUGACACAAAGGAAAAGAUGUCUCAGUACUCACCCCGUCUUUUCCAUCUCACAAGUUUGUCGGGAACUUUCACAGCAACUGAAGUUCCUGCCCCUUGUCGAAACAGCAAACUUACAACUCCUUUCCCCUUCCAACAAAGUCAUUUGUAUGGAGCAAGCCAGCCAGCAAUCUUUAUUCUUGACAAUGGUGAUUCACUCUGGCUUUGGCAAGGGUGGUGGCCCAGCGAAAGAGAUGAGGAGGAUGGUAAUGUGGUUGCUGGUGGAGAUGGUUUGGGGUCCGGAGCAGUUCGUUGGCAGGCCGAGCGGCGAGCCGCAAUGCAAACUGCUCUUGAUUAUUGGUCUAUUCGUUAUCCUGGGAAACAGCCGCAGGCCUCCCUUGUAUGGGCUGGACUAGAACCCUUGGAAUUUACAAACCUAUUUUUAGAGUGGUCAGAUCGAGAUGACAUUGCCGAAAUCAAUAUGCAGGAUGGUCAUAAGGCAGGUGAACUGUUAUCCGUUGAAGAGGAACUGGCAAGACUUACUCAGUCCACCUACCCAGCUGCUCAACUACUACAGAGACCACUGCCUGAUGGUGUUGACCCUACCAGACUAGAACUAUACCUUGCCCCGCAACAUUUUCAGGAAUUGCUUGGAAUGUCGAAGGAAGAAUUUCUGGAUUUGCCUCAAUGGAAACAAACAAAAGUGAAGAAAGAUGUUGGAUUGUUUUAAAGAGGUAUUGUAACUUAUCCCAUAACAGAACUAUUUCUUAUUCAUAUUUUGAAAACACAAGAAUUAUUGAACAGAAAAAACAACAACUAAUGGCUGUCUUUCUGAUCUAGAAAUUCAGUACAUGUUGGUUAUCAGAAUUGGUUAUCAAUGUUGUAAAAAGAAUAAUAAUCAAGGUUAUUUCUGAAUGUUAAUUUACAUUGCUGCUACUGUUCUCAGAGGCAUUGUUUUUGUUUUUAUUAUUUUUGUUAUGGGGUUCAAAAUAUUGACCACUAGUCUACAAUCAAGCCCAAGAGCUUGAGGGUCCCAAUAUACAUAUUGCUGUACUUGCAAAUUACUUAAUUACUAACCUAUGUACCAAUAAAUUGUCAAUUUUUUCCUACCUUUGAAAAGGAUGUGAUGUGAUUUGUAGAUUAGAUUAGUUAUAGAUGUCUGUUUUCUGACAGUAUUUAUUUCAUAUUUCAUAUACCCUGCUGUAUGUCAAAAAAUAGUGAUAGUAUUUUGUCACCUUUAAAGCAGCUCUUUGUAAGACUUUUGAGAAAUGUAACACUUAAUUUUACCUGCCUGCGGGCCAGGUGGUGAUAUUCCAUUUAAAAAAAGUCAAGUAGCCCUUCAAUAAGCUUUAAUGGUGUAGAGGAAUAGACACUUUUCCACAACUGGUUCUCUGAGUUUGUUACAAGCAUGUGCUCUGCAACAAUUCAGUCAAUGACAGUUCCAUCUCUCUACAAAGCUGUGUUGAGUGGGCUUGCUUGAAGUACAAUCUGUGAUGGUUGGUGAACCAAGUGGUACAAUACCACACAAAAUAAGAUGUCACCAUUGGAAAUGAACUAACUAGUGAUAGGUGAAAGUUACCUUCUCCUAGUGUGUGGCAUUAUCUUUAAUUGUUUAUAAAUUAAAAUAAGUGUGCCUUGCUAAGUCUUUUUGAAUGGUAUAAAUGUAUCCAUUUGUAUAAGUGUCUCUUCAAGACCAAAUCUUUGUAAAUUAUUUUAAGAUUUGGUCAGAUUUCAAUCCUUGUCCAGAGACAAGACUGACUAUGUGCCUUUACUAAUUUUGAUGCUUAUUUCUAGUCAUCUGGAUAUACAUACACUUAAAGUUAAAGCCGUGAGUGUUUCUUGUGCUUCUUUUCAUGCUCUAAAAUGUGACCAUUGGUUUAUAAACUUUCAAAUUAAUUAAACAAUGUGAUUUUUGCAUUUUUCUACCAGCUUUUCAAUUUUUUCUUGUAGUGGUAUGGUGCAUUUUUUUUAUUGUUGUGAUCGGAUUGAAAUGUGCUCAUAGUUUGUCUGACUUUGGUGUAUAUGAAAAGCUUAAGAGACUGGACCUGCCUUCAACCUUCAACUUUGUUUAUUCAUCAUAACUUGUGUGAUUGUUAUGCUACAACAUGUUACGCUUAACACCCAGUCUUCAAUAACUACCCCACUUAGAGGUUCAGAAAUGACGCCUCUCAACCCUUUCUUAAAUUUGACAAUACUUAUGUUUGUUCUAUAGGCUUUGUCAUAAUAAUUACAAGAAUAAAAAUAUGAGCUCAUUUUCUCUCAA